GGACAAGGAUAAGGCUUCCGAAUUCCAAAUAGGGUUUUGUAUUAAUUACAUUCCAAGUGCCACGUGUCAAAUGUUAUUCCACACUCCUAGUGUAACAAUUGGUAUCUUCUUGUCCUAAUUUUAAACCCAAAAUGUGUUGAAAUCGUAUCAUGAAAAAAAAAAAAUCUUUUAAAUUUCAAUUGGUACCUUAUAUUGGUUGUGCUGCCAAUUUUCCUCAUUUGACAAAAUCAAAGCACCUUUCCUUAAAACACAAAGCAAAACUUCAUCUUUCCAAUCACUGCAUCUCCACUCCUUCAUGCUACAUCUUCCAUAACACAACAACAACAACAAAAACACACACACUCAUAAUCAACACCAUAUUAUACUAUCAUCACAUACAUGCAAUCCAAAGGGGAAGAAAUUAAAGGGGUUCAAAAAUGAAGAGCCGUUAUCCGUUACAGGGGAAACGGUGGUUGGUGGGCCUGGCCGUGGUGGGCCUCGUUGUCGUCGGGCUUUUCCUCUCAACCACAGGCCGAUCCUCGGAAACUGCUUACCUGUGUCCGGGCACGCUCGGGAUCCGAACCCGAAAAGAAUUCAGUUACGACCCGGCACCGAUGCAGAUGCGCGCCAUUCUCCACUACGCGACCUCGCGCGUGGUGCCGCAGCAAUCGGUGGCGGAGAUCAAGGUCAGUCUUGACGUGAUAAAGUCACUGGGCCGGCCAUGCAACUUCCUGGUCUUCGGGCUGGGCCACGACUCCCUCAUGUGGGCCUCGUUCAACCCGGGUGGCACCACGGUGUUCCUGGAGGAGGAUCCGAAGUGGGUCCACUCGAUCUUGAAAGACGCGCCAGGCCUGCGGGCUCAUACCGUCCAUUACCGUACGCAGCUUCGCGACGCCAAUACGCUGCUCACCUCGUACCGCACCGAAGCCACGUGCAAUCCUACGACGGCGUACCUGCGUGGCAACAAAGCGUGCAAGCUGGCGCUGGAUAAUCUCCCCGACGAGGUUUACGAGACGGAGUGGGACAUGAUCAUGAUCGACGCGCCCAAGGGGUACUUCGCGGAGGCCCCGGGGCGGAUGUCGGCGGUGUUCUCCGCCGCUGUAAUGGCGCGUAACCGGAAGGAACCCGGUGUGACGCACGUGUUCUUGCAUGACGUGGAUCGCAAGGUGGAGAAGCUUUACGCGGAAGAGUUUCUGUGUCGGAAGAAUUUGGUGAAUGGUGCUGGAAGGCUUUGGCACUUUAAGAUGCCUCCUUCUAACGACACUUUCGCUUCUCGUUUCUGCUAGAAAUUUCUUCACUGCUAACCAUUCCCAUAAAUCUUCAUCUUUUUUGCUUCUUCUUUUCUCUCUGGUUAGAGUAUGAUUCAGCAUCGUGUUGUGUAUCGGAUCUUACAUUAUAUUUUACUCUCUCUUUGAUUGUUACUAUCUUUUACUUUCCAAUUUUACUUUUUGUAAUUCCAAAUCCAGACCAAAGGAUUCACCUGCUUAUAGGACUGUUUUCUCAUGUCCACUUUUCCGACAGCGCAACGUGUGAUUGCAUGGUGAAGGAACGUGCUUGCUUGGCUUAUUCAAGAGAAAAUAUUACGUGCACUUAACUUGUUAGUAUUAAUUAAUUGUAGCUUCUGGUUGACUUUUAUAGUUAAUGUGAGAAUCUCUUGUAUUUUAUGAAUUUAUGAAUGAGAAGUGAUA